AUGCAGGCUUGGUGCAGCCCAACAAGUAUCGGCAACUGCCCACCUUAUCACAUCACCCCGAAUAACAGGAAAAUUCACAGAAAUGAUCCUGCCAACUUCCCUUAUGGAGCCUAUCACUAUUACUGCUCUCCCAGAAAUACCAGCAUUUGGAGCAACCAAACAGCACUUGUGAUCCUUACAGUAAUCCGCAUGCUCAAGAAUUGGUUCAGUUGUUACCUCAUCCAAUAUGGGAAGAGUACGGCUAUCCGACUAAACAGGGAGAUGGUUGGAUUGGAGAUAAAAGAACUUGGGAGCUCGAUGUGGGUGGACUUGCCAAUAGACUUUACUUCUAUCAGGAUCCAGGUACCACUCCUGCUAGAAGAGUAUGGACAUCUCUUGAUGUGGGAACGGAAAUUUUUGUGA